AUGCGAACCACAGGACUAUUUGCUCUUCUCUUCCUCUUCCUCCUCCCAUGCCUAGGGGAGGACACCGUGGCAGAGGACCUGGGCGUGCACCAGCUGGGCCGACUGGUGGAGCUGCUGACCCCCCGGGAGUGUGAGAACCUUCUCUCCGCCCUCUCCCACCCGGAGGACAGCGUCUUCCGGCAGCUGGAACGCCUCGCCCCAGGGAGCAACGACCUGGGUCUCCCGCCGCGGGUCCGUAGGGACACAGAGAUAGGGAAGAAUAUCAACCAGGACAAGGCCCUGAGCUUGCAGAAGUAUGUGGAGGAUUACCACAGGCGUGUGGAUACCAUGGGGUCCCCUCUGGUCCAGCCCGAAAUGGAGACAAUCCAGCUUGCUAGCCAGCAAGCAAUGAGACAAGUGAGAGACCUGACCUGGAGGGAUCUGGAGCUGGUGGUGGAGCGCCAGCAGCGCCCGCCCUACAACCGGCGCUUGGUGGACGGGGUCCUGCCCCUGGUGUACGGCAUCCUCCUGGGUUUCGUCGGCGCCUUGCUGGUGGGGGUGCUCGUGCUCCUCUUCGCCCUUCACUUAUCCCGGGCCGAUGGCGUCCUGCGGCUCUCCUGCAGGAGCCGGGCCAAGGCCCGGAGGCAGCGCCGCCCCAGCCCGGGGCGCUUCUCCUGCGACGUGACAUCAUCAGAGAGCGACACGCUGUCCUCCUAUGCAGCCCCUCUCCACCCCCGACGGCCUUCCGGGGGGAUCUGCGGCUUCUUCCCAGGGCGUGGCUUUGUCCAGCGCUUUUGGGGGCUGGUGAAACAGAAGCCAGGCCUAGCGUAG